GCGCACAAGCCUCAAGAUGGUACCAUAGAGAUAGAAAAAGUCUAUACAGGCUUUCUCAACCUUGGUGCCUCAAACGGUGUUGGGACUACGCUCCCCAUCAUACUUGAACGUCUGUUGUAGUCCAGCAGCGUCUGGAGAACCAAGGUUUGUCUGGAGAAAGCUGACCGAGAAUAACUUUAACGGCCAUUCUGAAAGGAGUUUGAGGCGGGUUCCUCCAGGCUCUGGAAGACGAACGGCGACGUCUUUACGUUUUCUUAUCUCUAUGCCGCACUUGGCCUGAGCAGCCCCCUCUCUUUGCUUCUCUCCGCAGAGAGCAAGCUCUGUAAAUGAGAGCGAAUCGAGCCAUCCUCGGGGCAUGGCCUGUUAAUUUAGGCCGCAGUUGUACUUGAAAGGAUAUGCUCAAAUAAAAAGGCAUAUAAUUCAGGUGUUGGGGGGGGAGUCUUAAUAUGAUCUAUGGUCAAAGAAUGUAUUGUGAAGAAAGACAUGGCUGCUUAAAUUUUUAAAAAAAUGUAAAACAUUUUACUCUGGAGUAAACAAACGACUUAAUUCAAAGCAAAGCAGGGCUCACUAGCACUUAAUCUUGAAAUUCUAUUUUCAGUGUAGAUGGGGCAACAAGUACACCAGGCCACUGAACUCUGCCGCUUUGUACUUAACCUAGAAUGAUUUCAGCUUUGGUGAGAACACGUACAGUGGAACCUUGGUUCUCGAACGGCUUAGUUGACGAACAAAUCGGAACCUGAAUGCUGCAAACCCGGAAAUAAGUGUUCCAGUUUGUGAAUUUUUUUCGGAAGCUGAAUGCUUCCAUUCUGAGUGCUUCCGCUGAGGACCCGUGCAACACGCUGGUGAUAUUUGGAGCUUAUAUUUGGCAAUUUUGUUUUUGCGACUUACUUGGCGAUUUUGUUUCUGCAACUUAUUUGGCGAUUUUGUUUCUGCGAGUAUUUUGGUUAAUUUGUUUUUGUGACUCUGUGGAACCCAGUUCAGCUACUGUAUUUUCAGGAGCCCCCUUGCAAUUUGAUUGUGUGACUGUGCGAAAAUGGAUAAAAGUUGCAAAGGCAAGAGAACCAUUAACAGAGCAACAAUAGAGGUGAAGAAGCAAAUUAUUUCCAAGCAUGAAAGUGGUGUCCGUGUAAGUGAUCUGGCAACGCAGUUUGGUAUGGCCAAAUCUACAAUUUGUACCAUCUUAAAAAACAAGGAAGCCAUUAAAGGAGCCAAUGUUGCAAAAGGUGUUAAAACACUCACAAGGCAACGAACACAGACAAUUGAAGAAGUGGAAAAACUGCUUUUAAUAUGGAUAAAAGAAAAACAGUUGGCCGGUGACAGCAUUUCUGAGAGCAUGAUUUGUGAAAAAGCUUUAUAUUUGCAUGCUGAACUCAUCAGAAACACCCCUGGAGCAAGUACUGAGGGUGAGGUUUUCAAGGCAAGUAGAGGUUGGUUUGAUAAUUUUAAGAGGAGAAGUGGCAUACACAGUGUGGUGAGACAUGGUGAAGCUGCCAGUGCCAACAAAUUGGAUGCUGACCGAUUUGUUUUGGAUUUUAAAGAUUAUGUUGAGUCACAGGGUUUCAUUCCCCAACAAGUUUUCAACUGUGAUGAGACAGGCCUCUUUCGGAAGAAAAUGCCAAAGAGGACCUACAUAACAAAGGAGGAGAAAUCAUUGCAAGUGAAAAGUGAUGAUGUGGAGGAGUUAGUGGAGGACCACAAGACUGAGCUCGCCACAGAAGAAGAACAAAACAUUCUGACGGAGCAGCAACAGGCGGCAACUGAGGAAAUACCUUCAGGGGAGGAGAGCAGAGAAAUUGUAUCUACUGCACUGAUCAAACAAAUGUGUGCAAAAUGGGCUGAAGUGCAAGGUUUUGUUGAAAAAUAUCACCCUGAUAAAGCUGCUGUAAGUCAUGCCACCAACACUUUCAAUGAUAAUGCUAUGUCUCACUUUAGACAAAUUUUAAAACAUCAGCAAAAGCAAAUCUCAACUGAAAAAAAAUUAGUGAGGAAAAGAAUCAGCAAGUCUGAACCAGGUGUCAGUGGUGUAAAAAAAACAAGGGAAGGAAUGGCAGGAGAGGUGUCACCAAUUGCGAUUCUGGGAGAGGACCCUGACCCCCCAUCCAAACAAUGACUAUCAUCCAUGAAGGUAAGGGAAAAAAUUACAUUUUCAUUUUUAUCUACAAUACUGUUUUAUUUAUUUUACAGUACAGCACAUUGUUUAUUACUUUCAUUUCAUGAAUCAAUGGUCUCGUUAGAUAAUAAAAUUCAUGUUAAAUUUCUGUUUUAGGGGUUGUUUUUAAAAGUCUGGUACAGAUUAAUCCUUUUUGCAUUAUUUUCUAUGGGAAAGAGUGCCUUGGUUUUCGAAUGUUUUGGAAGUCGAAUUAAGUUUGAGAACCAAGGUAACACUGUAUAUUCAGAUCAAUGGCCCUGUCAUGGGCUCCCACAUGACUCCACAGUAUGCCAACAUUUUCAUGACUGGUUAGAACAACACUUAGCUGCUGUCUCCAAAAAGUCUCACUUCUACCCAAGAUACAGUGGUGCCUCGCAAGACGAAAUUAAUCCGUUCCGCGAGUAUCUUCGUCUAGCGGUUUUUUCGUCUUGCGAAGCAACCCUAUUAGCGGCUUAGCGGAUUAGCGCUAUUAGCGGUUUAGCGGCUAUUAAAGGCUUAGCGGCUUAGAAAAAGGGGGGGAAGCGGAAAAAAAUCUCAAGACUCGCAAGACAUUUUCGUCUUGCGAAGCAAGCCCAUAGGGAAAUUCGUCCUGCGAAGCGCAUUGAAAAACGGAAACCCUUUCGUCUAGCGGGUUUUCCGUCUUGCGAGGCAUUCGUCUUGCGGGGCACCACUGUACAUGGGUUCCAUCUUUAUCACCUGAACAGGAGGUACUUAAUGCAGUUUCUAUAAGGCUUCAGUCAAUUCCACUGUGCCAACAACCUAAGACUAAGCCAGUCUUUGCAAGCAAUUCAGUUUCUGGACACGGCAAAAUAGCGCAACUUUCUGCAUUUCCUUUCCUUCUGACCUCACUGUUUACAAUUCCCUACUCCCUUCACUAUGUGUAUAUAUAGCUGCCACUCAGAAAAACACUUCAUACGUUUGAUGGCGUGGACUGUAACCCAUAAAAUCUUAAUGCAUUUGUUAGGCUUUAAGGUGCCACAAGACUCACUCUUGUUUUCUUUAUAAUCUAUUGCUAUCAAAGAUGGCAAACCUGGGGAUAAUUUGUGCUUAAAUUUAUGCCACACAGAAUGCAUAUUUCUCUCACAUGGAUUUGAUUUGGCUUCUUUUAGACUUAUAGUCCAGCUGUGUUUUAUCAGUGUGGACAUCCUAAUCUUUGUCAUACUCUAAAAGCUGCCAGAGCUGUUUUGACAUGCCCUAUAAACAGGCAGAUAUUAAACUUAUUGCUUUUGUACAUUUGCACCCUCAGACAAAUGAGAAAGCUUUAUUAGAAUUCCAUUCUGGCACCCACACUAAUUACUUUUCUUUCUAUGGGUAUUAAAAGUGGCAGACUGAGCUUUAUGAUAAUGAUCAUAUUUAAAGCAAGUGUAAACAUGGUCAUUCAAUUUUCCCUGGUUCACACACUGUCCUAUUCAUUUAUUGUCAGGAAAACAACUAUGCCUCAUUGUUCCAAAGCGAGCAAAUCUGGAAUUUGGGAUACUAACAAGGUUGGCAUUUGCUGAAUCAGCAUUGACAUUUCUUGUCACACAGCCAUCCAAUCAAAAAACAGUUCCAGAACAAAAAUGGAUAAAGGAAUGAAGUCCGCUGGAGGGCAGAGAAAAGCCUGAUGCUUAUUGUCAAUUUGAGCAUAUCCAAAAACAUUCAAUUCCUGGUUUAAACAUGAGUAAUACUGUUAUAAGAGUCACUCUACUGUUAGAAGAGUCACUCGAAUAACACAAAUGGAGUCCAGAGAGAAAAGAAAUUGGUAAUACUUUACUAGGGGAAACUGAACUAUACAGAAAUAUACAGAGAAGUUUCUUAAUUCAAUUCUAGUACAUAGGGAGGCAUACAAUUACACACAGGAGGAAACACCUUUGGACCUAACCAGCCAAUCAGAGCUUGAGUUACCACAGCAAGGAUUGUGCCAAUCUCACUGGUUGCUAGGCAACACCACCACCCGCUCUAGGUUGGCUAACUAAACAAUUAACCCUUCGGUUGCUAACUGAAUGAUCCCAGCUGUUGCACUUCUAAGAAAUGCAGUCUUGUAAAAAGCCAUGAAAUUCUGGGCAUUGUAGUUUGUUAAGGUUGCUGGUGAUGUUAGCUGUGUGAGAGGUAAACUACAGUGCCCAGAAUUUUUUGAGAGAAAGAAUGUGUUUCAAAUGUGCUUUAAAGUUAUAGUGCGUGCACAGCUUAGAUUAUUGUGAACAUAUCCUCUUAUUCCAUCAUACAAUUCAAGGCCAGUUGUAGGAGAUCCCUUUAUAAUAGGGGUGGGGAACCUAUGGUCCUUCAACUCCCAUCAGUCUAAGCCAGCAUGGCCAGUGUUUAGGAAUGAUAAGAGCUUGUUCACAGAGCAGACCAGGGGAGGUGCACAGAGGUCAGCAAGUUCUCCAUUCCUGCCUUGUAGGCGGUGUUUUGCCCCAGGCCUGAGAUUCCCCACCCAGCUUUUAGAUUGUACACCUGCCCUGGUCUGCUCUAUGAACAAGCUGCAAUCAGUACAGGAAUCAGAUGUGUUUCACAUGUGCCUGACAUUUAAAAAAAAAACCAUUCUAGAAGUCUCUUUAUUGCAAAUAUUGCAAUAAUUAGAACAAUUAGAUACACAGCCUCUCAUUUGCAGAAGUUAAUGGGUAUCUAUGGCACAGAUUAUUGAAGUCUGUUUGGCAACAGAAAUGUGAUCAUGAUUAGGUCUGUGGUUUCAAUAAGAUUACUCUGACAUAAUGCGUUUUGAUAACCUUUGAUGGUGGUUGGAUUUUAAGACAUUUGAGGGCUUGCACUGUUUUCACUAAUGUAAGUAAGGUUUUAAAUUUCUACAGUAAACGUGAAAGAGUUGUGCAGUUUGUGUUCACUUAUGUUUGCAUUGCAUGUAAAGGUUUCUGGCAGAACAUAAAUGGCUGUUGUGUCUUACAGCUUUACACAAACUAGUGCCUAGCCCUGAACUGGUACUAAGUAAUUGAAAGGGGAGAAACCAACACCCCAAAGGUGGAGGACUUUGAGGUCCAUGCUGGAUCGCCUGGAAUGAGUGCUGAGGAUCCCCUUGACAGGCUGUCUGGUGAGAAACUGUCUGAAGAACCCUUUGAGCUGUCAGAAGAAGAGACUGAGCCAGCCCUCAGUCCUGAAUAACUCUGGCACCAAUUGGCCUGGGCACAGACUGAAGAGCAAUGACAUAGCAUGGGUCUACAGACCCAGAUGUACAUGGUAAGCAAUUUUUGGAACUCCUUUACUACCAGCAGCUGGGGUUAGGGUGUUAUGUAUGAGUCUCACACAUUAGCCUUCUAGUUGUAGGAAACAACACAGAUAUCCCUUCUUGUUUGUGGGAUCCUUAGUCCUUCUUCCAAUUCCCUCACCUUGCUGAAUUCACUGUGAUGUUGAACAUGGGUUUUGAUCACAUUUUGGACCUAGCCUGAUUCUCUGUGCUAGACUUUGGCUCAAGACCAUAGCCCCCCAAGGGCAUGCCCUGCAGCGUGACAGUUGUUUCAUUUAACCAGUGUCCUUAGUACCGUAAUUCAUAUCUAUCCACUGGUAUGUUGCAAAUGCCACCACUAUUGCAUCAUUUGGUGUUAAACAGUGACCAGCAUCACGUGCUCUUUGACCUGAUAUAACAAUUCCUUGAGAUAGUCACAGAAGGAAACGUUUGCAGUGCAAUCCUGUACAAUUCAACUCAGAAAUAUGCCUCACUGCAUUCAGUGGGGCUUACAGGUAAAGGUCUAUAGGAGAGCAACCUCAUUUAACUAAACUUUAAUUCAUAAAGUAACACCCCUCCCCAAAAAGCCCCCCAGGUUUCAAAACUUAUUUGUUCAUUGUUAGUUCUUUUUCACAUUGUUUUGUGCGGCAACUUCUUAUUUAAUUCUACAGAAAUGCAAUCAAGGUUAUGGUUUGAAGGCAUGUAGGGCCAUCAUCUUGCUGAAACUAAACUGGUGGGGGUCCAGCCAGCACCUACAUGAGAGAUUUCAUGAAGCUUAUGACUCUAUUGUGGGCAGCUUAAGACUCUGAUUCAAAGAACAUCAUCCUCAGAAAAUACAUUUAUCUAUUGUAAAUGUAUUUUAUCAAACUAAUAAGACAAUUGAUAACAUUCCCCCCUCAAAACACUUUGCUUUUACACUGAAAACACCCCCACUUGAUUUGUUGAGCCACAGUUUAUGUUGUUUGUCAUAUGAAAACAUCCACCAUAGUUUCAUAAUUACAGUCGCUAUGAAGAGGCUGCCAAGAAAUGCUUUCUUGGUUGCAGGGGCUCAUGAGAGCAGCAUACCUUGUGGACUGGCAUGGAAAAUAUGCCAAUCUCAAGGAAGCCACCAGGAAUGCACAGGAAGCAGCAGCAACCUCACAGCAACCAAGUAUGAGUACUGGUUAUAUAAUGCAUAAAAAGGCCAUAAUUACUUGUUUUUAAAGUCUGUUAUUUUAUUGGUAUUCUCCUAUGAAUGUUUUACAUAACUUUAUGUAAACUGCUUAGAGCUGUUUUGGUUAGGUGGCAUACAAUCUUGUUAAAUAAAUACAUGAAUUUAAGCAAGGCCUAUUAGGAUUUGUAUACUGAAGCCAUUUAAAACAAUGGAAACAUGCAAUGUAUUUUGCUGUG